CAUAGUUUCAUACACUUAACCCUCUAUCUACGGCCAUCUGAAUUUUACAAAGAAUCUUUCAACCUAUUCUCUAAGGUUUUUCAUCAUUUUUACUCGGUCGUUUCAUACGAAGUUUCCCAAUAUCAACACUUUGGGUUUUUUUCUUUUUUGGUCUCAUUCAACAUGGCACCACCUGGAGAGGCUAUUACUAGCACUUACACAAGCAGAAACAACUUCCCGAAGCCACCAAAACUCUCAAACGACAGCCUCCACCGUACCGUAUCCGAUAUCACCUUCCAACUGAGCAAGGAAGUGUUGGAUAAUUAUAAAGAAACAGCUGCGGUGGCAGUGGACGAGAAACAGCUGCCGCCAAUAUCGGAAGUGGAAGAUGCAAAGUGCGAGUGUUGUGGGAUGAGUGAAGAGUGCACCCCGGAGUACAUCGAGCGAGUCCGGAACAAGUUCUUGGGGAAAUGGAUAUGUGGGUUAUGUGCUGAGGCAGUGAAAGAAGAAAUGGAGAAAAACGGGGGCAAGAUAGAGGAAGCUUUAAGUGCACACAUGAAUACAUGCGCUAGGUUUAACAAGUUCGGGAGGGCAUAUCCAGCUCUGUUGACAGCUGAAGCCAUGAGGGAGAUUUUGAGGAAGAGUUCGAGAUCGGAAGGGAAAAGUCUUAGGGCCAAGUCUUUUAACCCUAGGGAUAGAUCACCAGGAGCUCAAAAGAUCGGUGGGAUCGCUAGGAGUUCUAGUUGCAUUCCAGCCAUUACAAGGGAGAUCAAUGAUCUCACUCUUUCAAACUGAUUAUCAUAUAUUAUUGUUAUAGCCCAAUCUCUUCAUAAUAUAGAACUUUUCCUCCCCCCUUGUGCCUUACGUUUUUUUUCUCCGUAUGGACCAAACCUUUUUUACUCAUCAUCAUACCAGACAGUUUUUUGGGGUUUGGUCCAAAGUCGUAUAGGUGGAACUCAAAUCAAGGAGAGCUAUUUUUUUAUCCUAUUCCUAUUGGUUCUGUUAUUUUGCAUAAUAUAAUCUCUGAUCUUACUUUUCCUUCCUUUUUUUUUUUUUUGGUGUGACGUAUUUCUUAUAACAAAAACUUUUAACCACCUUUUAUCUAAGGUUUUUUUAGGGCUGGUUCCAAUUUUUCUUCUUUUGCACCCCUUUCGCUUCACCGCAUGGUAAUGACCUUGAGAGCUAGAUUUUGUUGUAAACUAAUAUUUGUGGAGAGUCGGCAUCCCUUUACUGAUAUAGGCUCAAGCUUUUUUUAACUACUACUUGUUCUAGCAAAGCAAUUGUAAGCUUGUAUGUUUCAAUGUAAUAAAUCCUUAAAUGUUUUAUAAA